AUGCUAUCCUGCUUUGUCUGGCUCGCCCUCCCCGACUUGGUUAACGCCUUUGUGACCCCAGGAAAGUUGCCCCUCAAUGGGAGCCUGGAGGAGACUUUUAUAGUCCCGAACGUGUCGGGUUUCUUUUCCUGGGACAAUGACAGCCUGGCCGACUGGCAGAGCUUUGUGGACAGGAGCCGGUACGGAGCGGAGUCGCAGAGCACCACGGUGAAAGCCUUGCUCAUCGCGGCGUACUCCUUCAUCAUCGUCUUCUCCCUCUUCGGCAAUGUCCUGGUCUGCCACGUUGUCAUGAAGACGAAGCGAGUGCACUCUGCCACCAGCUUGUUCAUCGUGAACCUGGCUGUGGCCGAUAUCAUGAUCACCCUCUUCAACACACCCUUCACUCUGGCUCGUUUUGUGAACAGCACCUGGAUCUUUGGGAAGGGGAUGUGCCAUGUCAGUAGGUUUGCACAGUACUGCUCUCUCCAUGUCUCUGCCUUGACCCUUACAGCCAUUGCUGUGGACAGGCACCAGGUUAUAAUGCACCCCCUGAAACCUCGCAUAUCUACUGGAAAAGGUGUUAUCUACAUCUCUGUAAUCUGGAUUAUGGCAACUUGUUUUUCCCUACCACAUGCUAUCUACCAAAAGCUCUUUACCUUUGAAUACAGUGAGGAUGUUACCCGGUGCCUGUGUCUGCCGGAUUUCCCUGAGCCUGCUGACCUCUUUUGGAAGUACCUUGAUUUAACGACCUUCAUUUUGCUCUAUGUCCUGCCCCUUCUGAUCAUCUCUGCUGCCUACGUGACGGUGGCCAAGAAGCUCUGGCUGCGCAAUGUCAUCGGGGACGUCACCACUGAGCAGUACUUCGUCCUUCGCAAAAAGAACAAGAAGACCAUCAAGAUGCUGAUGCUCGUUGUCAUCCUCUUCGCAGUUUGCUGGUUCCCCUUGAAUUGCUACGUCGUCCUCCUCUCCAGCCAGACCAUCCACACCAACAACGCCCUGUACUUCGCCUUCCACUGGUUUGCAAUGAGCAGCACCUGCUACAACCCCUUCAUCUACUGCUGGCUCAAUGACAGCUUCCGAUCGGAGCUGAAGGCUUUGCUCAGCGUGUGCAGAAAACCCCCCAGGCCCACAGAGCACAGGCUUCCCCCCACAGUCCCUUCCUACCGACUGGCUUGGCCAGAAAACGGCAACUUCAAGAGGUUGCAGGCCUCCUCCCGUGUCCUUCCACCAUCCUCCACCAUCCAGUCAGGAAAGACAGACAUUUCUGCAGUUGAGCCAAUAGUAGCUGUGAGCUAAAUGAUGACCUUGGAUUGCAUAUAGAUUUGGCAAGAGCUAAAAGGGUAGGAAGAUGUGGAGCCCUGGCCACACAACAGGUGAUAAAAUCAAGAAGGAGGUUCUGCAGGAGGCAGUAUGAAAGAGCUGUGUGUUUGAUGCAGGCUGAUGACAACGGUGUGGAGAACCUAGAGAGGAGAAAGUAAACUCUUCCCAGGAAGGAAUUUUUUGUCUUUGUCAAGGUGACUUUGGACUGGCUUGCAGGAUGGGAUUCUCUGCAUGUGUGUCGCUGUUACCUGCAUGACUAAGCCUUUUUAGAACUAGAACUGUGGGUGUGUUUUCCUGGUACUUAAACAACAGUGUCAUCACAUCAGAUCUCUCUUCCCCUUUUCUGAGUCUCCUCGU